AGUCAACAGACAUCUGCCCACUUUGCACACUAACGUGGGGCAGUGGCUGAAUGCAGCGCGGGAGAGGGGAGGAGGAGGAGGAGGAGGGGGCGAAGUCUGGAUGACGUCAGCGGUGUUUCGUGCACGCGGACAAUGAGCUGUGGCGAAGAAGCAGCUGUGUGUACAUACAGUAGCUGUAUACAGUACAUCAGGGCCUGUCAGCCAGGCAGAGCUGCUGUGUGUGUGGCGAUGGGGAGGAAAUAAAGCGGCUCUUCUACAUGUCACCGACGCGGAAAGGUAAUCUAAGAAAAUGGAGGGAGGAAACUUUGGUUACUCCCGAGACUAUCUUGAUCGCUUCAUCCAAAGCCAAGACUCAUCUGUGGUAAACAAGUUCCAGCAGAAAUACUGGAAAACCAAGCAGACUCUCAUCAAGGUCACCGGGAAGAAGGAGGACGAGCAUGUGGUCGCCUCAGACGCAGAUCUGGAUGCCAAGCUGGAGGUCUUCCACUCGAUUCAGAGAACAUGCAUGGAGCUUUUGAAGGUCAUUGAGCAGUAUCAGAGGAGGAUCUGCCUCCUUUCCCAAGAAGAGAAUGAGCUGGGUCGUUUCCUGCGCUCCCAGGGCUCUCAGGAUAAAACCAGAGCUGGAAAGAUCAUGCAAGCCACAGGAAAAGCUCUCUGCUUCUCAUCACAGCAGAGAUUGGCUCUGAGGAACCCGCUGUGCCGUUUGUACCAGGAGGUGGAAACGUUCCGUUAUCGUGCCAUCUCAGACACGUGGCUGACAGUGAAUCGAAUGGAGCAGUCAAGGACUGAGUACCGUGGAGCGCUGCUUUGGAUGAAGGACGUAUCUCAGGAGCUCGACCCAGAUACACAUAAACAGAUGGAGAAAUUCAGAAAGGUUCAGGCUCAGGUGCGCACAACCAAAACGAGCUUUGACAAACUGAAGAAUGACGUCUGCCAGAAAGUGGACCUGCUGGGAGCGAGCCGCUGCAACCUCCUCUCUCACGUCUUAACCACAUAUCAGACAACACUUUUGCACUUCUGGGAGAAAACAUCCCACACCAUGGCAGCCAUCCAUGAGAGCUUCAAGGGCUGUCAGCAUUAUGAGUUCUCUACAAUUAAGACUUUACAAGACCCUGUGGACAAACUGGCUAAAAAGAAGGGGAAAAAUAAAGUCAAGGCAGAAACAGAAGAAGCAAAGAAAGAAGAAACCACAGACGACCAACUCAUCUCUCUUGUAAAUGAAAACACCAGUGACAAGGCGAGAGAAGAGUCGGAGGGAGAGGAGACAGACAGCAUGGCCUUACUGAAUGAGAUCCUGGGAGGUUUGUCUGUGGAUGAGGGGGAUUUUUCUCAGGAGUGGACAGAAGUGUUUGGAGAGACUGAGGAAGGAACAAGUGCUGCAUCCACCAGACCAACAGAGGCCCAGGACAAGGAAAACUUCUUUCUACCAUCACAGCUUUUGGACCAGAGUUUGAAUAAUCUGCAGUCUUCCAUCUCAGAUUGGGCCCCACAUUCUGCCACUCAAGCAACUGAGCACUCAUCUGAAGUCAAUCAGAGCACUCCAAAGCCAGCAGAGAGAGAGGCAGAAGGGACAUCCAAAGAUCUCUCAGCGUGGUUCAACCUGUUUGCCGACUUGGACCCCCUCUCCAAUCCCGACGCGAUCGGCAAAACCAACACAGAGCACGAACUUCACAAUGCAUAGUUGUUCUUCUGCAUCACAUUUUACCCUUGUAAGGGGUACAAUAAAAUAAGUUUAAAAACAGAAAACACAAAAAAAAAAAAAAAAAA